AUGUUUUUGGCUCUUUCGGAACAGCUUCACCUGAAAAAAGGAAUUAAAAUCUCACAAGCAGAGUUACGGCAAACCGUAGUCCAAUAUCUGAGGAAAAACCCUACGCUGGUUAGUGUUUCAGGUUCAGUCUUGACACAAGUUAUUCAAGUCUGUUCAUCCUUGGUUAAAAUAGCAAAAUAUAUCUUAUGGGUACUAGUUUAUCUAAUUUCAGGUUAGAACGGAAAGUGAGGACAUUGGCACAUACAUUACUAGGUUUCGUUGACUGCAAUUGAAAUAAUUCUUGCGUAGACUAUUGUGCAAGCAGCGAAGGCAGUAGCGCGAGCAUUCGCUUGCACAAGGGUCACAGUCAAUGUUAAGCCUGCAGCACGUAACCUCAUCAUCAGAGCACAUCCCGGGUUACUGAAGCACAUUUUCCUUUUCAUUUCAGGCAAAUCUUUCCAUUCCUAUUGAUUGAAUCUAAGGCACUUUAUGUAUGUGCUCGCAUUUUAGCCGAAAGAGCACAACUACCUGAAUGAGCAUUUGUAAUUCCUCUCUCCCCGCCCCCGCGUUGAAUAUCUGAAAAAAGCAUUUUUUCAAAGCGAGCCAAAAAAUAGGCAGUAACAAUCCUCAGCUUGCAUUUUUUUUCCUCGAAGAAGAUGUUGACUGUAACUCAGUAGGCAUGGUCAUAUGAAAAAUUUCCCGUCCCGUUACCGAGAUCUCUGUAACCGAGUAAUCCCACCUUCUCAUGUAAACCCCUACUGAUCAGGCUCUUUCUUUGAAAGUGGUGAGACAUCUAAAAGUACGGCUGUGAUCUUUGUAGGAGCUUUAGUGACUACAGUAUUUUUUUUCUCUUACAGCGAGAUGGGACGGAUCUGUUCCAAUUUGUUCAUGGAUAUUCAUCUUGGGAGGCCUACCUCACGAGAAUGAUGACAAACGGUACAUGGGGUGAUCACGUGAUUCUCCAUGGUGCAGCAAACCACUUUGAAACAUGCAUUCAAGUGGUCAGCAGUCAUCACGAUGACGUAAUGAUCUGCCCAGAGUAUGAUGUUACUGGUAGCAACCGACUUGUGCUGGGUCACGUACCCGAGCUUCACUAUGUCAGUCUUAUUCCACGUAAACGAGGUAAGGAUGUUUGACGUUACCACAUGUCGAAAUAUGAGCGUUCCGUGCUGGGUGUCGGUUAUUCAACAGUUGAAAUAUAAGAAUGUAUGUGGGAAUAAUAACUCAUAAUAAUAAUAAUAAUAAUAAUAAUAAUAAUAAUAAUAAUAAUAACUAGAAAUACGUGUAUCGCAGCUCCUCGCGAACCUAGGGGGAAGGGACGCCUAUAAAAUGUCUGGGGUGGAAGGGGGAGAGAAUUGGAGUAAAUUGUGUAGCUGGGGAGGGCAGGUUUCAACACCUAGCUCUAAUAUUGGACGGAGAGAUGCAGUUCCUUUUGGUUGGAGUAAAUUAUGAACUCAGUACUCUGUCGUUAAAAGGGAUUUUCUUUGAUUUGAAUGGGUUGGUGUUGUUAAGGAAGGGAAGCCAAUGUUUCAUAGAUCCCAUGUUCACCCUAUUAGCAUCUAUUAGACGAGGUUGAGCAAAAUAUAGUGAUUUGUCAGUGGUGAGCAGAUCAAUUUAUCAUUCGAACACCGAGUUUUUUUUUUAAGGAAUAUCUUCGGGAAGCGAAGCGAUCUGCCAUUUUAACGCAAAAGCGAUCGCAAGAAGGAGAAAAGCGUGGUUUUAUUUACGCAUGAGUAGAAUAGUAUUUGCAGCCAAAAACUUCACGGGCGAAAAAUGUCUACGCAUGCGGCGCGAUCAGUAUCACUUGGUCGAUUUUCGGUAAAGUCACUGGCUUAGAGGUAAAAUCCCCGCGAAAUGUUGUCAAGAUGAAAGAAGAAAUGGCAGCUAUUUUUGUCAGUGGUAGUGUUGUGGCCUCUGUGAGAGAUCGAAAAUUAUUGUGGUCGAAAUUUUUAGUGAUAUGUGUUGUCUAGAAGAUAAUGCAUCCAAGAACUGAAAGACAAACGCACUGGCUCGAUUCAUUUAACUGAGAUCGGCGUUGCGAUCGCUGGAUGCGAGGAGAGAACAUGCUAAAAAGGUGGGUAAUUUUCUCCUUUUAUGUUUAGUGCAAGUCUCGUGCAACUCGGUACAACAAGAAAUUAUAUAACAGUGGAAGAAAAAUUCUUGGACUUUGUUUUGGUAUAUGAGUUAGCGUGUACCGAGUUGCACGUCGAGCUAUAAAUCGACCCGAUUGUGUUCUCCAGCUUGGCCGCCAUUCGGUCUGUAAUCAUUUAGAAAUAUUUGAAUUUUGAUGCGUGAUUCAAGUUCACAGAAAAUUAAAAAGUGGAGGGAUAAAUUUGACUUAGCUUGCACCUAGUUGCAGGAAAAAGGUAGCUUACCGUUACGGGCGCCUUUUCAUUGAUUGAAACAAAUAUUCUGACUGUUAAACUGAGCUCGCAUACACUGUUCAUCGCAGAGACUUGCGCUUGGUUCAAGUCUUCUGCCUAUCAGUGCAACGGAAAAUUAUAUUGCAGGGAAAGCAAUAUUCUUUGACUUUGUUUUGGCAUAUAAAUUAACUUAUACCGAGUGGUAAGGAAGCGGCAGUUUUGUAUUGAAAGCCGCGUACUGUCCCACUUUUGCUGCUAUUAAAAUUCGACACGAUUUUGAUCGAUCGAACAUUUCCUUUUUAAGUUGAACCUGAGGUUAUAGUACUGUAUAUUUUGGACAUUUUAGGCUUAUUGCCGAAUUUCCAGAACGUGAGAGUCUUGUAAAAUGCUAAAAUAGACUCUUUCGGUUAUGAAAAAUUCCACAAUGUAUUUUAAUGGAACCAACUUGCGGUCAAAAUUAUCUAUGCUAGAAAUUUUCUGUUGACACUGGGUACAGCUGUCAAGCGUGCAAUUAAAGGGAUCGAUGAUUCGAUUAAAGAAUUCUGUUAAAAAUCUGAUUUGGAAUCAUCUACAUCAAUUACAAAGGUGUCGGUUCUCCGUGUUUACCUCUCUGCUUGCUAAUAAUAUCUUAGAGAAAGGGUGGAUAAUAGGGCCAUUUAUACAAGGAAAAAUAAGACGCGUCUUACAUAAGACGCGUCUUAAGUAAGACGCGAACUGUACCAUUUAUAUGAGCAUGUCUUAUCUAAGACGAGAACAGCUCGUAUAAAUGGUUCGCAUCUUAGUUCUUUUCUUGACUCGUGAAUGUUGCCCGUAGCAACGGCAAUCCAACGUGACGCGCCAAAAAUUAACGCAUGCGUACUAUGCGUUCGCGUCUUAUUUAAGACGCGAAGGUCAUUUAUACGAAGUUUUUCUCGUCUUAGCUAAGACGCAUCUUAUCUCAGAACAGGUGUUAAGGGCUGCUCUAAAAUAAGACGCGUCUUAGCUAAGCAGCGUCUUAUUUUAGACGAAAUGUGCCGUUUAUAGGGAAAGCUCGCGUCUUAUUUAAGACGUGUCCUAUGUAAGACGCGUCUUAUUUUUCCUCGUAUAAAUGGCCCUAAUGUGUCUUUCGUUUAAAUGGCUUUUCUGGCAGGCAGCUCUGUUUUUAAAUUUUCUGUCUAUAAGCGUUUAGGCGCAAAUACUAAGUGAAAGAAAACCAGCUGCAAAGGAAUCCUCAUUUCAAGGUAUAAGAUAUGGCACAUUUUCUGAAGGUAAUCACGCCCUCAAAAAAAUGAGCUUACAGAAAUUAAUAGUUUGGGUUAACAUUCUUUGCUCUAUUGUGUUUUUAGACAAAAUUUGUAAAACUUUAGGUUGUAUCAUCUUGAUAAAUAGUACUUUGGAGCAUGACAUGCAAGUUCCUACUUAGUUUGAGCUUUCAAAACAAGCUAACAUAAUUUUGUUCGUUAACAAUGUAACAGAUAUGCUUUAAUUUAAACUUCAUAAACUCACUGUAAUAUUGCCCAUACAGUAAAAAUCUGUGACUAAGAAUCUGGUUUUUAAGAACCUGUUAGGCUAAAAUGUACAAGCUAGGCCCCUCUAUACAAGAAACUGUUGAGGGUAAAAUUUGAAACAGGUUUUUAUUUUCUAAAAUCUAUAAAAAAACAUUCUGUACACUCGGACAAAUAAGUCAACAUUCAGGAUCCUCUUUGGAGACAUAGGUGCCUCAUUGCUCCAACUACAAUGUAAUGGCGUGAGGAUUUAAUAUAAGGAAUAAGCUGAACACCACUAAAUACUCUUAGCUACAAUGCAUUUUUUCCAGGAACCCAGUUAAGAACCUAAAUUUAUAGCCCAAAUUUGUGUCAAUUACCAUUAAUGGGGGAAAAUGCGGGUUCUUUGUCAGGGAUUUUUGUUGUAUUUAUUAUUUUAACCCCAACUUUAUUACCAAGUCCUAAUAAAUGCAUGGGUUUACUACAGCUAGUAUGUAUUUGAAGAAGUUGUUGCUGAGUGAAGAAGUUUAUACAAUGUAUAUAAUAUCAAGCAUAGUUUCUUUUUACUUUUGAAUCAAUAAAAAUUGCAAUAAAAAUAUUGAAUAUACUCAUUCAUUUACUUUCUUUUUUCAGAGAAGAUGAACUUGAUCCUGAAUCAAACAAAGUGCAGCAAACUUAGCAAAGUUUUCUGAUGAUACAUUUGUACUUCAGCAAGAGAGUAUGAAUUUCAAUUACCUGUGUCAGAGUGAAAUAAAAUCAAUAACAAUCUGAAAAAUCGUGUUCUUGGAAAGAUCUGGGCUUUUUACUCCCUUGUAGCGGUUUAGCAUGUACACUAAUUACUUGAACAACCAAAACAAAGUCAUAAAUAUUCCAACCAACAUGUUCUCUAGAUCUGCUUCUACAUAUAGGGUGUUAUUUUGAUUUUUUUUUUUUGCUCUCAAAAUAUUCGUUUACUUCUAAGAUUGUUGCUGUGCAUACUGUUAAUCGGAUCAAGCACAUGCUAAGUUUUAAAGAAUAAAAAGGAAAGAAACUAACUACAAAACUAUGGACCGGUCGGAUUAUCAAGUGAUAAGGCAGUGCAAUACUUUGAAGCGUUCAAUACUGUUAUGCAUUCAUGAUGAAGUGGGCCCCUUGGGAACGUUAGAGUCUUGCCAUUUUGCUAGGAUAGCACAUUUUCUUCUUAGAAACAUAGCCUGUAAGUGAGUUGAAAUUCUCACCCGGUGAACCAAAACGCAAACAUUGCAAUAAAUGAAUCUCACAGGAACAGGAGGAAAAAGGAGAAUAGUAAAAAGUCCAGACCGUUCAAACAAAUGCCGCAUAGGACGGCUCCAGUUUUUCUUCUUUCUCCUGCGGAUAAACACACGAGGGACAACUUUGCCGCCAUGUUGAAUUUACUCUAUGUCACCUGGUCUCAUAUCGACCAAUCAGACAUUUUUCGCCAGUGAAGCCAAAAACAAUUGAACGACAUUGCGCAUGAGCACACCAUUAUUUGUAGGCAGUUAUUUGCAGGUCACAUGGUGGGCUCUUGGCCAAUGAAAAGGAAAAAAACAUUUGUAUCGAAUGAUAAUAAUUAUUACUUGUGAAGUGUGUCAUUAGUAGUGAGUGGAUGAAAUGGAUGGAGAUAAUGCUGCAGUGAAAAUAACAAGUUAACGCUGGUAAUUGGAUGAAAUAAUAUUUAUUGUUAAGUGAACGACAGCGAUGACAAUGUUUGCACUUGCUGUACAGUAGUACAUAAUCACCUUUGACAACUAAUGGUUUGUAACAGUAAGGUGCAAACAUAAUCAGUUGCACAAAAAUAGAAAUUACAUGUAGUAAUGUCAUUAAGGAUGCAGGUGAGGGGAAUUCUGAAAGUGAUCAUGACUCAUAAUUAUUGAAUAUGUGAUACUCUCUUUAGCACUGAAUAUUAUCCCAUCAUUCAAUGUAGGAAUCCCAUGAGACGGCACCCUUCAAUCCCAGCAAUCAAUGCACGUCCUUUCCCGCUCAGGUGCGAACGUGUACGAAUUCUAAGAAUUUCCCUUGAGGACACACGGAAUUUUUGAAGACCUGACCUCGUUUACCUCGAGGUUAACAUUUUACAUUUUACAGAAAAUCACGGGUUUUCUGGUCUUUGCGUCCGAGUACAACACACUGUGUUUUUAGCUUCAUCACGCCGACAAAAGCAAUGGCAGCAAACAGCGAGGUAAAAGGUAGAGGAGUACACGAGCCAUAGGCCCAAACGGCCGGAUCUUGUACCGGUUUCCUUAGCAUGAAGCAGCCUAGGAGUAUUGCUACUCCCCCUAGACGGGAUGCUGGUCCAUCGCAGGGUUACCCCACACCCCCAGUAGUAUGUCGCCGGUACCUGUUUAUACACCUGGGUGAAGAGAGACCAACUGGAGUAAAGUUCCUCGUCUAAGGAAACAACGCGACGGACGAGGCUUAAACCCCGGACCUCCAGAUCCAGAGUUCGAGGUGUCAAUCGCUCGGCCACACACGCAGCCCUAAGAGUGAUCAGCAUAAAAUUUCUCCUUGUAAUAUCAAUGCUUUGUAAAAAAGAGUGGUCAUGAGAAUUACAGAUAUGAUCACAGAAGACUAAUUACCUUGAUAUUUCAUCAACUUCUUCGCACUACUUCCAGGGGCACCCAACGGAUCUUUUCCUCAAAACAAAUUUUUCCCAGGAAUCUCCCUAAAUGCCUAAACUGGUGGCCUCAUAAAGUUUUAUUCAUACUUUUUUUGCUGUUUUUAGGUAUUUUUUUCAAAAUUUACCAUUGGGUGCCCCUGCACUUCUCUGGGAAUUGUGUCACAAAUUAUUUGUAAUACAACCAGUUCUACGUAGCUUUAAUUCUUCACUCCCAUGAAAGUUUAUUUCUUCACAUGUUAAUAUUUUAGAAUUCUGUACUCUGUACUACACUUAAAAAAUUCAUCGACUUCAAUUCGCGUAAAAUUUUAAUGAUCUACACUCAAUCUACACACUCGAUCAGCUCCACGACUCCGAACGCAGUGCGAACGACUACACAGUUCCAAGACUCGGGUACAAAGUUCAGUUUUCAGAUCACCUGACGAGUUUUCCCGCCACAAUGACGCAAUAAUUUCCUAACAAAGUGAAUAGGGUCAACAAAUGAGAUUUAAGGUUUAAAAGUGGCGCAAAACAGCAAACAGCGAAGAAGUGCUAUUAUCGGAGGAGCUUACGUCUGACUUGCCUGACCCACUGGGUAGACCGUAGACAGAACACACUGUCACAAGUAUUACCGUCGCAGACUGGAAUUUCAUUUGGAGAAUUACCCCUUACUAGGCAAUUUAUGAAAGGGGUUUUUCAACAGAAGCCCUCUCUUCCACGGUACACAGUAACAUGGGAUCCGGUUUUGUUUCUGAACUUCUUGAAGACUCCAGUAAUCUCCAGUUGAGAAACUGAGUCUCAAAAUGUUGACUCUUAAGACAUGCCCAGUGACUUUGUUAACUAUCAUGUCAACACAGAGGAUACAUACUGCUCAUUUAUUACAUAUUCGUAAUAUGCUUGUGAGCGAUUCUAUUGUUAAAGUUUCUAUAGGGGAUAAGCUUAAACAAACCAGGCCAGGCUAUCACCUCCAUGAACUUGAGUUGCCAGCUUACAUCCCUUAUAAUGAACUUUGUCCAGUUUCAGUCGUUCAAGAAUAUUUAGCCCGAAUGAAACCUCUCUGUGGGAAUAUCACGAGCCUGUUCAUUAGUUUUGUAAAGCCUUAUAAGCAGGUGGCUAAGAACACAAUCUCACGUUGGGUCAAAACCACUUUGGGUUUAGCAGGGGUUGACCUGAUCCGUUUCAAACCACACAGUAAUAGGGCAGCAUAAGCUUCUGCUGCGUCUCAUGCAAAUGUCCCUUUGGGAACGAUUUUUCGCACAGCAGGCUGGUCAAGCCAGUGUACCUUUGCCAAAAAUUAUCUCAAAGAGAUGCACAAGGAAGAAGCUUAAUGCUACUACUGUUUUGAAUACCUCUUUGUCAGUACUGUGAUAAUUGCAUUGUAAGAGAUGUGAAACAUUUAGCUCGUUCUAGCACCCAUUGUUCCUUAUCACUACUCUAGACUGAUAAAUCAUUGAGUUCAGUCAGUUCUGCUGUGGACCCUAUCUUUGUUUAUAUUGGGUUCACAAAUGCUGGCUCUCAACAUCUCACGGGAUAGCUAUACUGAGGAUGGUGAGAUAGAAUUGUAAAAUUAAACGAGACUUACCUGUAAGUUGAAGUUUGAUGUAAAUUCUAUCACAUCAUCACGAAGUGUAAAGGGAUCACAUGCCCCACACCGUCUGAUCAGUUUUUUGGACCCACCCGGGUAUUUUUUCAUGAACAAUUCCGUACAGCAUUAGCUCACUCUCUCAAAUUUUACUGCUGGGAUUGGAUGGUGCAAUUUCCUAUGAUCUCUUUACACUCCGUGAUGAUAUGAUAGCCGGAAUUUACAUCAAACUUAAACUUACAGGUUGUUACGCGGGUAAUCUUUUAUAGGACGGGUAGCUUGCAAACUAAACUGAACGCAGGGUUGUCGGAACAGCAACAAGAAGAUUUAUUCCAACAAUGAAAGUAGUUUCCAAGAAGUAAAACUCCACAACAGCACGUAACUCGUUAAACUUACACGGCCUCCGCCAAAUGCACUUAACUUGAUAAACUUACACGGCCUCCGCCAACUUGAAUAAACGCUGCCUUCGUCACACUUGACUAAACACGACUAACGUCAAACUCUCGUCGCUUGUGAAAACUAGUUAAAACUUCGUUCGGACUUGCCUACUUACAUACUUUCACAAUAACAUUCUCGAACUUUCUAAAUAGUCUAAUGGUAGAAAGAUUACAAAAUAUACCGCUUUAGAAACGCUUACACAAGAUCCUAAAAUAAACAAACUCACGCGAACCUUCUAGAAUGCCACGUUUAAAAGUCACGCAAUAUAAUUUUUCGCAACACAGGUAAGUCCAGUUUAAUUUUGCAAUUCAAGAGCUACUUUUUUAUCAGUUUCGCUCAGGUUUUAAUUUGUGGAAUACGAUUUUCAAAAGCCUCACUUUUCAAUGGAGCGAUACAAGGAAGUACUUCUUACUUUCGCGGCAGCAGCUUUAUUUACACGUUUACGUCAACAGGGAUAAAAACUAAUGGUGCUCGUCUUAAAAUCCCUCUAUUAACACAGUGUUGAAGUUAUUCUUUGCUGCCAACAUCAGCACUGCUUUGCCGCCUGCUUAUGUCAGCUGCAGUGAUGUUUAUUUCAUUUUAACAUAUAGAUUUAGCCAGGGCUAACAGCGACGCUAAUAUUUAUAAAUUUCUCAAAGAAAAUAUAAAAUCGAGUAGUCUGGCGGCAUAGCUUGAAAUUUCAGGUGAAUUGUGCACUUUUUGAAACAAGCAUGAAAUUUGGCACCCUGAUAGUAGUCACCAAUACCAGCAUUUUCAGAUAACGGUGCCAAGCCGGAAUUACAUCAGUUUCUAUAGAAACCACAAUUAAUUAAAAUUCAUGAAAAUUCAAUGAAAUUCAUUUUUCGUAGUUUAUCAAGACAUAGUUUCAUUUCAGUCAGUGAUACCAACCUGUUCACCACGUACAUCUUGUUUAUCUCACGUCAUAAUUUAACCUUUACUAAGCGUUGCCAUGGCAACGGUAAAGAACAGAGAGAUAAAACUACAACUAAAACGACUGUAUAAAUUUAAUGUGCCUUAAAAUUUGCACAUAGCUUCGUUGCCUAGUUAGUUUCACAUUUUCGUUACAGAACAAACUUAACGUGCUUCUCUAGUUUUGCACUGUGCACCUCUCACUGCGCAUAUCAAGAUGGCAUCCGUGAAAAAGAGUUUUUUAGCUUCUCCAGAAACAUCGAUAGAAGAGAGACGUUAAUGGAAUUUUCCAUAGCAGCUUUUUCUGGCUGAGAUGAGUCUCAAAGUGUUGAAAACUGUGCAUAACGUUUUGUUGAGUUCAACGUACCGUUCUCACCGAGGCUUUCAAUAGUCGAUGUUAUAUAUACUGAACGACUUUAAAUGAAAUCAAGCUUCAUCGUUAUCACAUUAUGUCCUAGCCCUAACUGGUUUAUCUUGAUGUAAAUUCUAUCAUUUUUUUCCCACGUACAUGUCGUUUUGAAACACGUGAUGAAAGUGGUGCGCACUUUCUGCAGCUCUACUGCAAAAACAAGUACGGUGAUCCUCAUACAGUGGAACCUCAGUGAUAUAACGAAAGGCCAAGUGACUGGCACUUGUUCCCUAUAACGAGGUUCUUUUUCAUAUAUUUUACUAUUGUUGGGUAAAGAAAAUCGUUCGUUUUACCGAGGACUUCGUCAUAGGGGUUCGUUAUAUCGAUGUUCCACUGCAAUUUCAAUCAUGGUUUCAAUAACAACAAUACUUCCUUUCAAUAAGAAAAAAACUGGCAAAGUCUAUGUUCACUAUUUUGCCAAUUCCAUGACUAGCGAAGAAGGAAGUUGUAUCACAAACUGUUAGGGCAUGGAAGACAGGUAGAAACUAACUUCGAUUUACAAGGGACAAGGGCCUUUGGAAAGUGAUAAGUGGCUAGGAUGUUGUUGUUUUUUUUGUCCUACAGGACAACCAAAAUUCCUUCAAGUCUAAAUAAGCCUGUUCCACGAGGCUCCAAGAUAUUGGGGGAAAUGGAGCGAGAAAAAAAGGGCGAAAGUUCGAAUCAUGACUGACUAGUGAUCAUUUUGUACUCUAUCAUCUACAUGAACUAUCAUUUUCAUGUCUGCUUCUUCUCCGUGCGAACAGAAACAUACUCGAGCGUAUCUCGCAUACUCGUUUGCGCUGUGGAUUCCUACAUGCAUUUUUCUUUUCAUCAUGCGAUCCAGGUUCAGCCUGUUGAACGCAUCUCGACAAGACCUAUGCCACAUAGCAAAGGACUUGCUUAAGUGGAAGCAAUUCCAUUUCCCACGUCAAAACAUUUUCAGUCAACUGCUAAACUUAAUUCCCCCUCUUGUUCAAAAGUAAGGUAUCCAGCACCAGAGUCUUGCGGUCUCCAGUCAACAGGACACUGAGGUUUUCCAGUUGUUUCGUUCUGGCAAAUAACACAUUUUAACUAGUCAAUAGCUUAUGAGGAAGUGAACUGUUUCUUGCGUCUUAUAGAAUUAACCUAUUUCUUACUUCCUCUUCUUAAACUGACAGUUUUCUCUUUUAAUAUAAAUAACUAGAAUAGUUUCUUUUCUAGCUGCACGGAGUCGCAUGCACAUCUAGAAUGAGAUAGCACAAACUCUUACCAUCCGAACCAAGAGAAAGAGGAGAAAAAAAAUGUACAGAUAUGUUGCAAAUUACGGCCUGCAUUUAUAUAAUGAAGAAAAGAAAAUAACAAUUCGGUAAUUCGCAUCCAAAUAUAACAACUGUAUUGUUGUACCUGUAUUUUGAAAUAAGACGUCACUAAAUCUAAACAAAAAGAGCGAGACAAAGUUCUUCGCAGGGGGUUUCGGGUCUGAUAAUUUCAUUUGCUGCUAAUCGGCCUGAAUUAGAAAAUUUAACUGGGCACUAUAUCAGGAAUUCACCAACAUGGGAAUGUAAAUAUUCCUACAAAGUUUGGUGCUUGUAUCAAAAAUCGCAUAAUACUCUAGCUAAGCCGCCGUUCUAUAUGUAUUGCAAUCGCUUUGCUAACAUUUGCAUGUAAAUUGGCUUUGCAGCUAGACCCAAGGGACAACCUUGAAUUUUUAUUAUAAAAACACAAAACAAUAAAAAAACCUAAGAAGGAUUAAUUGAAACACGCCACUAAUAAAUGCUCGCAAUGAAACCAGACACGUUUCUUAAGACACAAGAAACCAACUUUAUGACCCUUAAAUAACUGCAGAAAGAAUGAAAUACAAAGUGAUUUAAAAGAAAUCUAUUAACAUAGUCAAAAAAGGCAAGCCAGCUCUUUUUACAUUACGCUCAGUGCUUUACUAACCCCCCUUUUCUUUUUCUUCCCUCUCCUCCACAAUUUAUUAUUUCCCUCCUACUCCUCCAACCCCUCAGUUUUUUAUAUUCCCCCCCACCACCACUGUGACCCUAUCGACCCCACAUCGACUCUACAUCGUUCCCACAUCGAUCCCACAUCAACCCUGCAUGUACACUCAACGUUUUUUUCCACACAGCUUCGUGAAUAGGGCAAAAAUUAUCACCUUCUUAUCUGCAAAAACCGGCCUAUGGUUCAAUGACGUUAGAGCCCGUUGAAACUAGACCUAGAUCCAAUUUUCCUGAGUAGAGAGUUGCUUUCCCAAGGUACAAUCAGCUAAACUAAACACCGACGAAACAAUAUUAAUGGCUGGCACAGAAUAUUUUGGCGAAACUGCAGUUCAACCACGCAGUUCAAUCACACAAUUACACACUUUCGAGACACUGAUAAGACUAUCCACAACCACGCAUAAUCUUCUCACGUUUAACAUAAGCGAAAUAUCAUCGAAUAACUCGGAAAAACUCAGCCUAUUGGCAAAUAAACACAUGUGGACUUUUCUCUUACACUCGUCUUAUUCAAGUUCCCGGAUGUAGAGUCACACGGUCGGCGGGGACAACCUUAGCCUUGUUUUCACACCAGAAACAAACUAAGUCUUGGCCCGGGUCAAAGUUUACCUACAAUUUUGCUCUCAUCUAAUUUAUUUGACUCCCAAGAGCCUGUUCCCGAAGCCAAGGACUUAGUGGUCACCUUAGGAAAAGCGAACAAUAUCGAACCUUCCUGUCUCAGCCCGGAUCAGGGUGAUUGAUCCGUACGAGAAUAUAAUACUAUAAUGGACAACGCAGACUCUACGUAUCCUAAUAACUUUGUCUCAUCUCAGAGCUUUAGAUGAUGCUCUUUGGGAAACGUUUCUCAAGGUGACCAAUAUCUAAAAGUAAACUGCUAAACCGCACCGAAACCAGCUUUAGGCGCGCACAAAUUUCAAAUAACUGUCACUUGUAUUAAAGAGAGAAUGGUGGGUAGGGACCAAAAAAAAAAUGGUAUGAGGGGUGGGGGGAGAUAGUAAUUCUGUCUACAUCCACUUCUGCACAAAUCCCUAACCACAAAACAAGCCAAAUAAAAAAAAAAAAACGACAUAAGCAAACAACACAGUAAACAAGCUAUUAGACAGGGGAAGUUAAGAAAAAUUACAAAAUGUUUGCUAACCCGGUUUUCAUAACUCCAGGUAGAUAUAAACACGAAGUGAUCUCAACAAAAUUAGAGACGAAAUCAUUACGUACGAUUUGAUUGACGGAUCAAAUCACGCGAAAGUUUAAAAAUAGACCUUAGGAGAAUUUUCAAACAUGGCAAUAAACCGGCGGGUCUAAUCCGCAGGUCACAGGUUGCUCAUUUCGCAGAUACAACAAAAAACAUUUCUCCUAUAUACAACCUUUCAGCAGUAAUAAAAAGGUUCUUUUUAAGUUUUGUACAGCAUCCGAAAGUCUGAUGGUUGUCGUUUUUUAUUUAUGAAUACUCCAUUCAACAGCGACUGAAAGUAAUAUUUUUCUAAACUGCAAUACAACAAUGUCUUUAGCACAACGUCUUUAUUACAUGUCUACAGAAGAAUUCUCAGAAAUUUGAAAAAAAAAGUCGGCAAUGUUGAAUUUCCACUAUAGGAAAUGAAAGAAGUUUAAGACGAAAAGAAGUUUUCGUGUAAGAAGUUUACUGAACAUCGAAAACCUGUAGUUGGUCGACUUAGUUCGAUAAACGUAAAAAAAACUAGGCGCCACCUUUCCCUUCUUUAGGGUGGCCGCUUAAAAGAGGUUCUUCUGUAUAAUAAUUAUAGUAAAAAAAUGCAAAAUGUACAAAUUGCAAAACUGUAACACUAAACAACAGCAAUAAAACAUGUACUGAAAAAAGGAAUUUUGUUAAAAAAAGGUGCGUAAUAUUAUCAAUAACCUAUAUACGGACCUCCCAGCCGGCAAAUAACAUAUAUAUAUUUCCCUGGGGCGAGCUAAACUCAGUAGUGCGAGUCUAAUGGAUGGAACAUUAAUUUUUUUGCAAGGGAAGGGGGUUGGGCAAUAUUUUUCUCUCACCUUGAGGUUGUAUAAGAUUUCGUUUUAUGUCAAAGAGCUUGUGCAAAAAUGUAUUUUAAACCAUCAAAAAUCACAAUAAUAGUCAGAGGUACCCAACGUCAAUUUUUGGAAAAUAUCUGCUCGGAAGACGGUUAGAAUUUUCGGAACAUUUGUUGUAAAAUUUCUUGCUUGCCUGCCUCUCCUAGGAUUUUCGAACGUCUAAAAAAUGGUAUAAUUGCCCAUUUUAAACGGAUUUUUACCCUAAAAAGGUCACCUAGAAUUUUCGGGAGCCUUUUUUCCGGCUAAAAUUUUCGAGAAGGUAAGUUUUGAUCCCUAUAAUUUUCGGAUCACCAGACUUUCAGCUAGAAAAUUCGAACAGAUGAAAAAUUUUUAGGGGAUAAAAAUAUGCCUAUAGCUACCGUUUAAAUACUAAAAUACGUUCAACAAUGCUAUGUUUAAGUGGUUUUGAACUAUAUUCUCUUUGGGUGCCCGUGAAUAGUGGAAAGUAUUUGCUCGAUUUUUACCCGUGGCUUCAACGUUUUUUUCGCAACUUUCGCUGUGCAGGUGAUUACCCAACCCAUCCCCUCAAAGAUAUAUUGGUCCUUCCCAAGACUGCCUAGGACUCCCUUAGACUCGCACGUGAUCAGUUCGUGUGAAAUCAAAAUGCUAACCUGAGAUCAGGCCCAAUUUUAGCGGUUCUCAUACAUUCUCUCUAACGGCUACGUUUCUCCUUGCCCGCCGGAAUGUUAUUACAAAGCGAAACGAAAAUUAGGCCUGAAAUGCCAGCCGGGCCCAGCACAAUACCAAUGUUUUUCGAAUUUAUGGCCGAAAACCGUUCGCAAAUUCAUCCUAAAACCGUACAGUAAACAGAGUGACUCCAUAAACGAUUUGAUUAAAAAAUCAUUCGUCAUGUAUUUUAUGCAAAUCAAACGAGUACAUCUCUGUCUUUAAUGCGCGAUGCUCAAAUGACAUGGAAGAUCAGAUUACAAAGGUCGCCAAGUGCGUUAGCCUUGAACAAGGAGUAUUGAAACGCCUUCGACCGAAGCGAAUUUUUGACGCUAAGCAUCAUGGGAAGGCGUUUCAAUCCUCCUUGGCCUUGAAUUGGCUUGUGGCAUUUUGCAGCCCUUAAUUCCAGUUCGAAGAUAUUAGAUCUAAGGAUUUUCCUUUAAUGACAACAAGAGUACUAAAAAUCUCCUCAUUAUUUUCGUUUCGAUAAGCUGACAGAAAGAAAGACUAACAGCAUUCUCCUAUACUUAACCACACAGCGUUGUGCAGUGACGUAACUUACCUUUAAUAAGACCGUCUUUUGAUCAGACGAUAUAAGCU